AUGCCUUACUCAAAGGGCCGAGGACCCUGCCUUCCUCAAAUGUCAGAGGACCCUGCCUUCCUCAAAGGUUCAGAGGACCCUUGCCCUUCCUCAAAGUUCAAGACCUUGCCUCAAACGCCAAGAGGGUUCCCAGGAGGACCCUGCCUUCCUCAAAGGGCAGAGGACCUGCCUUCCUCAAAGGGCAGAGGACCUGCCUUCCUCAAAGGCCGAGGACCCUGCCUUUCCCUCAAAGGGGCCAGGCCCGCCUUCCUCAAGGGCCGACCCUGCCUUCCUCAAAGGGCCGAAAAAGGAACCCUGCCUUCCCUCAAAGGUUCAGAGGAACCCUGCCUUCUCAAAAGGUCAAAGAGGACCCUGCCUUUCCUCAAAGGUUCAGAGGACCUGCCUGCCUUCCCUGAAAGGGCCGAGGACCCUGCCUCCUCAAAGGGCAGAGGACCCCUUGCCUUCUCAAAGGGCGAGGACCCUGCCUUUCCUCAAAGGCAAGGAUGCCCUGGCCUUCCCGAAGGGCAGGACCCUGCCUUUCCUCAAAGGUCAGAGGACCUGCCUUCCUCAAAGGGGCAAAAGGGCCCCUGCCUUCCUCAAAGGGCAAAAGGGAGGGAACCCUGCCUUCCUCAAAGGGCGAGGACCCUGCUUGGGUCCUCCUUCCAAGGGGUCAGAGGACCGCCUGCCAAUUCCUCAAAGGUGAGAGGAGGACCCUUGCCUUUCCCCUCAAAGGGCGAGAGGGACCCUGCCUUCCUCAAAGGGUCAAGGAGGACCCUUGCCUUCCUCAAAGGUCAAGGAGGGACCUGCCUUACCUCCAAAGGGUCAGAGGACCCGUGCCUUCCUCAAAGGGGCCAGAGGACCCUCUGGCCUUCCCUCAAGGGCCGAGGACCCAUGCCUUCCUCAAAGGGCAGAGACAACUGGCCCUUGCCUUCCUCUAAAGGGCCGAAGGACCACUGCCCGUUACCUCAAAGGGCAGCAGGGGCACCCUGCCUUCCUCUAAGGGCAGAGGAACCCUGCCUUCCUCAAAGGGCAGAGGGAACCCUGCCUUCCUCAAAGGGCCAGAUGACCUUGUCUUCCUUCCUCAAAGGGCCAGAGGACCCUGCCUUCCUCAAAGGUCCGAGGAACCCUGCCUUCCUCAAAGGGCAGAGGAACCGCUGGCCUUUCCCUCAAAGGGAAAGGUCCAGAGACCCUGCCAGUUCCUCAAAAAGGGCAAAUAGGGAACCCUGCCGGUUCCUCAAAGGUCAUAGGGACCUUGCCUUUCCUCAAAGGGUCCAGAGGGACCCUGCCUUUCCAUCAAAGGGCAAGGACCCUGCCUUUCCUCAUGGGCAAGGACCCUUCUGCCCUUUCCUCCAAGGGUCAGAGGACCCUGUCCUUUCCUCCGAAAGGGUUAGCAGGACCCUGCCUUGUUCCCUCAAAAAAAGGGUUAGCGGAACCCCUGCCUUCCUCGAAAGGGCAAGGAGGCCCCCUGCCAAUUUCCUCAAAGGGCACGAUGGACCCUGCCUUGUAACCUCAAAAGGCAGGGCAGACGCCCCUGCCUUGCCUUCAAAGGGCAAGAGGACCCCGCUGCCUUCCUUCAAAGUGCCGGAGGAACCCUGCCUUGCCUCCAAAAAGGGCCAGAGGACCCUGGCCAUUCCUCAAAGGGUCCAAGGACGGCCCUUGCCUUACCUCAAAGGGUCCAGAGGACCCUGCCUUCCCCUCAAAGGGUUCCAAGGAGGACCCUGCCCUUCCUCGAAAUGGGUCCAGAGGACCCUGCCUUCCUCAAAGGUGCAGAGGACCCUUCUGUCCCAUUCCAAAGGUCGAAAGGGACCCUGGCCUUACCUUAAAUGUCAGGGGCCCUGCCUUCCUCAAAGGGCAGAGGACCCUGCCCUUCCUCAAAGGGCAGGUCAAGGUCCCUGCCUUCCUCAAACAAGGGUCAUAGGCCCUGCCUUCCUCAAGGGCAGAGGGACCCUGCUUCCUCAAAGGGCAGAGGACCUGCCUUUCCUCAAAAGGGCAGAGGAUCCCUGCCUUCCUCAAGUGCAGAGGACCCUGCCUACCUCAAGUAGCAGAGGACCCUGCCUUCCUCAAGGGCAGAGGAACCUGCCUUUCCUCAGGGCCCAGGACACCCUGUCGUUCAGCUUCCUCAAAGGGGCCGAGGACCCUGCCUUCCUCAAAGGGCCGAAGGACCCGCCUUCCUCAAAGGUCAAAGGACCCGGCCUUCCUCAAGGGCAGAGGACCCUGCUCCUCAAAGGGCAGAGGACCUCCUUCCUCAAGGGCAGAGUACCCUUCCUUCCUCAAAUGGCGAGGACCCUGCCUUCCUCAAGUGUCAGAGGACCCGCCCUUCCUCAAGGGCAGAUGACCCGGCCUUCCUCAAAGGCAGGAGGACCCUGCCUUCCUCAAAGGGCAGAGGACCCUGCCUUCCUCAAAGGCAGAGAACCUGCCUACCUCAACGGGCAGAGGACCGGCCUUCCUCAAAGGGCAAAAAGGACCCUGCCUUCCUCAAAGUGGGCAAAAGGACCUGCUUCUCAAGUGCGAGAGGACCCUGCUUCCUCAAAGGUCAUAGGACCCUGCCUUCCUCAAGGGGCAGAGGACCCUGCUACCUCAAAGGGCCGAGGACCCGGCGCUUCCUCAAAGGGCCGCGGACCCUGCCUUCCUCAAAGGGCAGAGGACCGUGCCAUCCUCAAGGCAGAGGACCCCUGCCUUCCUCAAAGGGCAGAGACCUUGCCUUCCUCGAGGGCAGAGGAAGACCCUGCCUUCCUCAAAGGGGCCGAUGCCACCCUGCCUCCGGGCAAAAGCCCAAAGAGGACCCUGCCUUCCUCAAAAGUCCGAGGAACCCCCUUCCUCAAAGGGCCGAGGCCCUGCCUUCCUCAAAAGGCCGAGGACCCUACUCCUCCUCAAAAGGCGAGGGACCCUGCCUUCAUCAAAGGGCAGAGGACCCUGCACUUCUCAAAGGCAGAGGAACCUGCCUUCCCAAAAGGCAGAGGAACCUCGCCUUCUCAAAGGUCAGAGGACCUGCCUUCCUCAAAGGGAAGAGGACCUUCCUUCAUCAAUGGGCAGCGGACCCUGCCUUCAUCAAAGGACAGAGGCCCCGCCUUCAUAAAAGGUUCAGAGUACCCUUGCCUCCUUAAUGGGCAGAGGACCCUACCUUUCUCAAAAAAGGCCGAGGACCUGCCUUCCUCAAAGGUCAGAGGACCUGCAUUCCUCAAAGGGAAGAGGACCCGCCUUCCUCAAAGGUCAGAGGACCUGCCUUCAUCAAAGGGCCAGAGGACCCUGCCUUCCUCAAAGGGCCAAGAGGAAACGCCUUCCUCAAAGGGCCGAGGACCCUGCCUCCCUCAAAGGUCAGAGGACCCUGCUUCCUCAAAGGGCAGAGGACCCUGCCUUCCUCAAACAGAAAGGACCCUGCUUCCUCAAAGGGCAGAGAACCCUGCCUCCUCAAAGGGCCCGAGGACCUGCCUUCCUCAAAGGGCAGAAGGAACCCCUGCCUUCCUCAAAAAAAAAAAAAGCAGACCUGCCUUCCUCAAAGGGCGAGGACCCUGCCCUUCCUUCAAAGGGCGAUGGACCGCCCUUCCUCAAAGGGCAGAAAGACCCCUGCCUUUCCUCAGGGCCGAGGACCCUGCCUCCUCAAAGGGCAGAGGACCUGCCUUCCUCAAAGGGCAGAGGUACCCUGCCUCCUCACGGGCCCAGGGACCCUGCCUUUCCUCAAAGGGCAAGAGGACCCUGCCUUCCUCAAAGGGCAGAGAACCCUGCCUACCUCAAAGGGCAGAGGACCCUGCCUUCCUCAAAGGGCAAAAGGACCCUGCCUUCCUCAAAGGGCAAAAGGACCCUGCCUUCCUCAAAGGGCCGCUGGAGGACCCUGGCCUCCUUCAAAGGGCCGAGGACCCUGCUUUCCUCCAAAGGUCAAAGGACCUGCCUUCCCUCAAAAGGGCAGGACCCUGGCCUUCCAAAGGUCAGAGGACCCUGCCUUCCUCAAAGGGCAGAGGACCCGGCCUUCCUCAAAGGUCAGAGGACCCUGCCUUCCUCAAAGGGCAGAGGACCCUGCCUUCCUCAAAGGGCAGAGGACCCUGCCUUCCUCAAAGGUCAGAGGACCCUGCCUUCCUCAAAGCCGUCAGGGGACCCUGCCUUCCCUCAAAAGGUCCCAAAGAGGGACCCCAUGCCAAAUUUCCUAUAAAGGGCAGAGGCCCCCUUGCCAUUCCGCCAAAGGGCCGAGGACCCUGCCUUCCUCAAAAGGGCCAAGAGGACCCUGCCUUCCCUCAAACCCAAAGGGCGAGGACCCUGCCAGGUUUCUCCAAAAGGGGCAGAGGACCCUGCCUUCUCAAAGGGCAGAGGACCCUGCCUUCCUCAAAGGCAAGAGGACCCUGCCUUCCUCGGGAGCCCGCCCAGGCGGGACCCUGCCUUUCCUCAAAGGGCCGAGGGACCCUCCGCCUUCCUCAAAGGGCAGAGACCCUGCUUCCUCAAACCAGGCCCGGGCGGACCCUGCCUUCCUCAGGGCAGGAGAAACCUGCCUUCCUCAAAGGGCAGAGGACCCUGCCUUCCUCAAAGGGCAGAGGAACCCUGCUUCCUCAAAGGGCCAGAGGACCCAUGCCUUCCUCAAAGGGUUCAGAGGACCCCUGCCUUCCUCAAAGGGCAGAGGACCCUGCCUUCUCAAAGGGCAGAGGACACUGCCUUCCUCAAAGGGCCGAGGACCCUGCCCUUUCCUCAAAGGGGCCAGAAAGGGACCCUGCCUUCCCAAAGGGCAGAGGAACCCUGCCUUCCUCAAAGGGAGAGGAACCUGCCUCCUAA